CAGCCUCGAGCGUCGGCCAUUGCACAUAAAAACUUUUGGAGUUUUAUAAUUUCUGCAUUUUUAACUACUGUAAAUACGAUUUGUUAAGUUUAAUACACACCCCAUAACCGUAUAGGGUGUGAGAAAGUGUAGUGUGCAGUCAAUUGUGGCAAAAGUAUACGAAAAGUGUGUGAAAAAGAGAAUUGAAGUUUGUGUAUACAACUUGGGAACAUCCACCGUUGUAUUCGGCGAAGGUCAUGGAAGAUCCUAAUAGGAUGAUGGCACACGCCGGAGCAGGCAUGAUGGGGCCUCAGGGCUAUGGGAUGCCUGGUCAGGGUGAUGGUUCUCAAGGCGGAGGUGAGAAUGAAGUACGCAAACAGGACAUUGGGGAGAUCCUUCAACAGAUAAUGAACAUCACGGAUCAGUCCCUGGACGAGGCUCAGGCACGGAAGCACACGCUUAAUUGUCAUCGCAUGAAACCGGCCCUUUUCUCCGUAUUGUGCGAGAUUAAAGAGAAAACUGUUUUGUCUCUGCGCAACACGCAGGAAGAGGAGCCUCCAGAUCCACAACUGAUGCGCCUGGAUAACAUGUUGAUUGCCGAGGGGGUGGCAGGUCCAGAGAAGGGUGGCGGUGCCGGAGCUGCCGCCAGUGCAGCAGCAGCAAGUCAAGAUCUCUCACUAGGCAUCAACUCUGACAACGCUAUUGAACACUCUGACUACCGGGCGAAAUUGGCGCAAAUUCGCCAAAUCUAUCAUCAGGAGCUGGAGAAGUAUGAGCAAGCGUGCAAUGAAUUUACCACGCACGUUAUGAAUCUUCUGCGAGAACAGAGCCGUACAAGACCCAUCACACCCAAGGAGAUUGAGCGCAUGGUUCAGAUCAUUCACAAGAAGUUCAGCUCAAUUCAGAUGCAGCUGAAACAGUCAACAUGCGAAGCUGUGAUGAUUUUGAGGUCACGAUUCCUGGAUGCUCGACGAAAGCGUCGCAACUUCAGUAAGCAAGCUUCUGAGAUCCUCAAUGAGUACUUCUAUAGCCAUCUGAGCAAUCCCUAUCCCUCCGAGGAGGCCAAGGAGGAAUUGGCCAGAAAGUGUGGCAUCACGGUCUCCCAAGUAUCCAAUUGGUUUGGUAAUAAGCGAAUUCGCUACAAGAAGAACAUUGGGAAAGCCCAGGAGGAGGCCAAUCUCUAUGCGGCUAAAAAGGCGGCCGGUGCUUCGCCCUAUUCAAUGGGUGGCCCACCAAGUGGCACUGCGACGCCGAUGAUGUCUCCAGCUCCACCCCAGGAUUCUAUGGGCUACUCAGGUGGUUACGAUCAUCAGCAACCCUACGACGGCAGCAUGGGCUACGAUCCCAUUAUCCAUCAAGACGUAAGUCCUUGAGGGGAUUUCCGCUAAGCGAUGGUAAGUGUGUGAGGUGGACAUUUGUAAGAGAACUUGCAGUGCAAGAUCCCUAAAUCUUUAUUUCGUCUAACUUUAUUCACAAUCACUUAAUUUAUAGAUUGAUAAAUGAGACAGAGUAAAACUUUUAAGAGUAAAUACACAUCACGUAUUAUUUGUCACUUGGAUACUCUGUAGCUGAAGAGUGAGAAUUAAUGGAAAUUCUGCAGAUUAGAAUGGAGAAUAAGUUUAGCAAUUGAUUAAUCAAUAUAUAACGUACAAUUUAUUUUAAUGUCUCGCAUGGGUUGAAUUUUAGAGAGAAUUUCUAUUAUUUGUUUCUGGUUGGAUAUUUUAUUUUGUUCAAUUCUUUCGUUGUGCAUAAAGGAAGAAGCAUUUUCAUAAAUGCUGAGGUGAAAAAGCUAAAUUUUGCAAGAUGACUAAAAUUAAUGAUAAAUUCUACACAUAUGAAAACAUGUAUACCAUUACUAAUGAGUAAAAAAAAAAGAGACAAAAAUCUUAUUUGACUAUUGAAGUAAAAGUGUAAUUGAAAUGAUAAAAAAUAUCCUUUAAAUUAACGGUACAAGUAUUUUAAAAGAAACCUUCUAAAAAAUUAUUAUGAAUAAUAUUUGACAAAUACGUGGAAUUACGAUUCAACAAGAAAAAAAUUCUAUGCGUAGUUUUUAGAGUGGUUCUAUUUUCAUUUAAGAAGUAAAAUUGUUGGAUUCCUUUUCUGGUUUUUCAAUCAUUUUCUUCUUAAAUUUUCAGAUAAAAUUUAAAUGACUAAUUCACAACAAGAAUUUGCUUAAAGAUAUUGGUUGCUUGUAAACAAUCCACAAAAACUCAUGAACCUUGUAGAAAAUUCUCAUUUUACUGAGAAAUUUUCUUUUUUAUUCUUACGUUCUUUCGACAAUAGUAUACUGCUGAAGUAAUAAUUGAUAGCAAAUUGAAUAAAGUAUACAAAAUUGUGCAUUAAAAGGACAUAAAGUAAAUCUGUAGAAAUUUUAUUUAGAAAACAAAAUUAUAAAACUAAAAACUUAUUGGUAAUAAGGAAAGAGACAUAAAAGUGAAAAUAAUAAAGCACAAAUACAACUUUUACAAUAUUUCAGAGAAGGUUAUAAGAUAAAGUAAAGAUAGUAAGGAAACGUAAUUGAGAGUAGAGCCAUAAGAAAUAUUUUAUAUUAGACGUAAAAUGGAAUUACACUUUAAUUCAAAAAUAGGAAGGAUGGAGAAAAAUGUGUGUUAGGAAAUAGUUGUCAGUAAGAAAAAAGAAAAACAUUUUGUGAGGUGCAAUAAGAUGAGAUGAAAAUAGAAUUCUUUUGUUUCUUUUUUUUAAGGAAAAGUAAAUCAUUUGAUAAUCAUUGAUUUCUGUGAAUCUCCACAAUUCACAAUUGAAAUGACACAAGUACUUACAAAUUAUUUUGAAGAUAAUAUUUAUAAUCUAACUAUACUUCUUACUAUAUGUAUCUAACAAAUAUCUAGUAAAAUAUACGAUUAAUAAUGGUUACAAAUAAAUAAAAAAUACGGACAAUAUUUUGAGGAAAAUUGAAGAUACCAAGUUAUAUCCAAAACACAGUAUACGACAAGUUUUAUAAAACGACAUUUCGAUCAAAAUGCAAAUAGUUUUAUUCAUCUGUCUCUUCUUAUGAUUUUAUCAUUUGUUUUAUGGCGUGUUUAAUUUUCUAAGGAAAAUAAAAAAUAUCACAGAGACCAGUAUACUGAAAGAAAGGAAAUAUUCUAAGGCGAGAACAUUUUUAGACUAACAUGUGUUCAAAAAUGUAUACCAAGAUCUGUAAUAAGAAAUGUCGUUUUAUUGUGAAAUUGAAAAUUGCCCUACAAUUACUAACAAAAACAUUUUUGAAAAGGUCACAAAUAUUUUUAGGUUGUCUUUGACGAUCAAUGGAAAUGAUUUUCAUGAAGCAUAAAACAAAAAUAUUUGAAUAAAUUUUCUUUGAAAUAUCAAUGAAUGAACAAUUUAAUUAAACGAAUAUAUGUAUACGAAAGCGAUUUGAACAAUUUCAAAAUUUAUGUGUACUUAAUAAAA